GCAUUCUCCUGCUCCCCUUUGUACUACUACUACAAAAUACAAAGAGAGCUGCUUUUCUGUGUUCAUUAUUGAACUCCAUUUCUCUUACCUCUCUUCCCCAUUUUCUCUACCUUUCUGCAAAAUUUUAAGCUCCAUUUGUAACUAAAAUUUUCUUGCAUAUAUUUGUACAGCUUCUUUGUAAAGUUCUUGUUUUGAUGCAAACUAAGCAACUUUCUUGCAGAAUAUCGGAGACACAACAAGGUUAAGGUUCUUGGAGUUUUGUAAAUGCCAUGUCUCCUCACAUUCCUGAGAAAUUUGCAAACUUGGCAUGGAUUUUCAAGUCAAAUCCUACUGUGCAUUGGGGUUUCAAGGUUUUGUUGAUGUCUGUGUUGCUUGGAUUGGUGAUCUUUUUCCGCAUUGAUGGUAUGGGUAUGAGUAGUCUUCAGAGGGAUUUUGUUGUGUUGAAGAUUAAUGGCAGCCAGAAUUUGGUGGAAAACCUCCAAGAAUUGGACUUUCCUACUGUUCAGCCACAAUUGGAACUGCCUCACUUGGAUUAUAAUCAUUCCCUUAGGAAUUUGACAGAUGCCAUUCAAAGUUUAGCUCCUAAUGAUAUUCCCCCUCCAACCACUUUAGCCAGGAAGCAACUCAACAAUUCUGAAUUUGAUUCUGAAUUGUUGCCCCAGUUUGCAGCCCAGAAAGAUGGAAAAUUGGUGGAUCCUGAUAAGCCACUGGUUCUUCCAUGGGUUUCAGCUGAAUUAGAGGCUAAUUUCUCAUCAAGUUUGCUAGCUGAUUGGUUGGCUCCAGGGGGCGAGCCUUGCAAAGAUUCAAGAACUGAGGACAUUUCUAUUUCGGGUCUUGAUGGGCAAGGGUCUGUUCGAUUAUCAACAGGGGACGUUCAUGAGUUUACUAUCCAGGCACUUGAUGGUUCUGGGAAGCCCCAUUGUGUUGGUGGUGAUUAUCUUGAAAUCGAUCUGUCUGGAGAAACGUGGAAGUCUAGGCCUCCGAUCAAGGAUUUGAGAAAUGGUACCUACACAUUUAGGCUUCAAGUGCAUCCGGAUUUCAAUGGAACUUAUAAUCUUACCAUUAUUCUCUUGUUCCGGCAUUACGAAGGAUUGAAGUUCUCCACGCCUCGGUUUGCAGUCGAUAAGGUUCUUCGUGUUAUUCCUAUCAACUUCCACAAGUCCAGUGCUCAGAUGAAGGAACUUUCUCAAUGCAGAAAGUCUGAUUUUGUUAGAGAUAUUUGGGCAGGCAGAUGGACUCGCCAUGCCAAGAAUGAUAGCUGUCCUAUUGAUAAUGAUGGGCGAUAUAGGUGCCAAGAACUGACAUUUCCCUGUCAGAAGCCAUGGUGUGAUGGUCCUCUUGGUUCAAUAGAAAGUAAUGGUUGGAUCUAUUCGACACAUUGUUCGUUUAAGAUGUUCACGGGGGAAGAAGCCUGGAACUGUUUAAGUAAUCGUUGGAUUUUCUGGUGGGGGGACUCAAAUCACUGUGAUACUAUCCGAAAUAUCAUCAACUUUGUUCUGGGAUUAGAUUUUGCUACGGUUCCCAGGAGGUUUGAUAUGAAUAUCACGAACCCGAAGAAUCCAUCACAAGUUGUAAGAAUUACAAGCAUUUUCAAUGGUCAUUGGAAUGAAACUUCCAAUUAUCUAGGUCUGAAUUCCUUAGAAAAUGAAGAAUACAGGGAAUUGUUGAAAAAUUACUUCUCACAGGACAUUAUUCCGGACACAAUCAUAAUGAAUUCCGGUUUACAUGAUGGUAUAUAUUGGCAUAAUCUCAGGCGCUUCAUCAUAGGAGCAGACUAUGCUGCUGCAUUUUGGUCUGGAAUAUUGGAGGGCGUAAAGUCGAGGGGUUUAGCUCUGCCAGAAGUCAUAUACAGAACCACAGUUGCAACCGGUGGAUACGCCAGAAGCAUGGGAUUCAAUCCAAGUAAGAUGGAGGCAUUUAACGGCGUAGUAUUGGAUAAGUUGAGGCAGUACAAUGUGGUAAACAGAGUAAUUGAUGAUUUUGAUAUGACCUUUCCUUGGCAUUAUGAUAACCGGGCAAAUGAUGGAGUGCAUUACGGCCGUGCUCCUGCCAAGAUGAAGUGGAGGGAUGGCCUAAUUGGCCAUCAAUAUUUUGUAGACCUUAUGCUAGGGCAUGUUUUACUAAAUGUCCUAUGCACAAGGUAAACUCAAGCCCAUUGCUGUGAGUUCUGCUAUUCUCCAACACUUUUUGUUGCAGAAAAGUUGGAUUGAUUUCGCAAGCUGGGAUGAUCAUAUUUUUGACUUUUGAGGGAGGGAACUUGACCAAGGGAAAGUGCAAAGUGAUCAACCUGGGCAAAAGAAAAGAGGAUUUCUAUGUGGCGCAAUUGUAGCUGGUUGAAGAAAGGUGGAUUUGUACACACCUUUCAUUCAUUGCUGCCCUUUUGAACUUCUGUCAUUCUAUUUGGAGUCCUAGCUAUAGUUUUAGUGCACCAAAUGGUCAAAAUCCAAAGUGGUAGAGUAGGUGAAUAUACUUUAUAAAGAAAAUUCUUUAUUUUUUUUGAGAGAAAAAUGCUAUUGCUGUAAAGUUACAAUGGAGGGUGACAUUAUAUAUGUGAAAUUUGUACCUAAAGUUGAGUUUGGAAAGACAUUCAACUAGAUUCUUGUGCACAUGUACUUUUUUAGUUGGGAGUUUUAUAAUGGCAAUCACAAAUUAAUCUCUAC